UUUGUCACUUCGUCGGGGCAUGAAACCUAAACUCGCAUCGCCAAAAAAUUGACUCCUAGAGAAAAGAAGUAUAUUCAAAUUUACAAAGUGAAAUUUCUAAUCUCAGGGGAAAGUUUUCUGCUUGGAGCUAGACGAGCUAUUCGCCUGUUUUGUUAGUCUUUGGUUCGAAGAAUCUUCUACUGCUUCUUGUUUAUCUCUAGACCUGUCAUCAUGUCAACCAAGUACAGAUUAUCAAUUCUUGCUCUCCUACUGGCGUUUUUCUCUUGCGCAAAAGCUAUAGAUGAAAAGGCAAGCCAUUUGAGAGGUGAUCCAAUCAACAUUGCUAUGUUACGGAAAAGCGGAGAUGAUUCAGUAAUAGAAGAUUUCUAUUCAAGAGAACUUGUAUGUCGAGUCGAUAUGAUCGGGUUACGUGGAGAGUACUACUUCAAUUCCAGUCCUUCAGAUGCCCAGACAGUUUGUGCUACCUACCUCCUUGGUGAAUCCAAUGAUCUCGUCGAGAUCGAGUUCACUCAAUUUAACGUAGACUGUAAUGAUCCAGCCAAUAUACUUCAGUUUUUUGACGGUUGGACUAUGGGAGUGGGCCAGUUUCCAGGGGAUGAUGAUCACCCGCUCCCGAUCACUGAACGUGUCAUCAACGUAUGUGAUCAGAGACAGAGGGUCUACAGGUCCCACCAGAACGGAGCCAUGAUCACAUUUAGACUCGGCCAACCCAAUGCCAGCUUUAGAAUCGCAUUUAGGCUCAUUAACAACCCAGAACCUUGUAAUGUGAUAGCCCCAGAGCCAACUGGUGCCCACACCCUACGUAACUUCGGCUACGAGAGAAACUGCUCUUUCUCUAUCAUCUACCCGACGGAUGUCACCAUCAUGGAGAUGUCUAUUGGAAGCGAGGAGAACGAUGGCACCAGACUGAGGUGCCACGAUGGACUGGACUACGUGGAAUUGAUGGAAGGGAACUCCCUGAACAUGGAUACCAUGAGGAGUGAGACAAGCUUGUGUGGUCAGGUGGGAAACAUAGUCAGGCAACACGGCGACGGUAAUCCGCUCAAUCCUAACAACCAGAUCGUGCCCGGAUCACCACUGUGUGACGCAAGAUCUGUCAGCAUGCCUCUGAUGUGUCAUAACUCCGUAGUACGUCUGGUUUCGAGUAAUCAAUAUGAAAACCACGUCAGCUUUCGAUUCAACCAGAUGCCCAUCACCAGGAGCGCGUGCCCUGAAGAAGAAGUUGUUUAAGCUAUCGUCUUUUUGACAAACCCACCAGCGAUCCCGAAAGUGUGCAGUCGUGUACGGGUCUUUUGAUUCACAGACGUGAGAUUUUACCUCAAAGUUUUAAAGUCAAACGGACCGAAAAAUAUAGUCAAUUUAACAAACCUCCCAUAUAAAAGAAUAUUCUGAGAUACAGGCGUAUAUUUUUGCUUACUUAACUCACAAAUACUGUCAUCUCAAGGCCAUUGAAUUUCUAUUUUAUUGUAAGUAUAUUAAGACUUGUUAAAUUGUGUUGAGGUUAUAGCGAUUGUUUUAAGGUCUUAGCGACUUUGAAUUUCCCAAACCAUUCACACGGCCUUCUUCUGUAUGAUUAAAAAAAAAACGAGAAAUUAAAACUAUGUGAUAUCGACUUCUUCAUAAAUAUAUGUGUAAUACAUUGCUGUUAAAAUAGCCAAGGGUAUAUGGUGUAUUUGACAUUGGAAAUUUAAUUCAUAAAUGAAAUGACAGCAUUGUUUGAAACAGUUUCAUCAAUCAAUAUUUAUUCACGAUGUACAUAAUUAGCUGUUCAUAAUUAUGUUGCCACGAUAAACCCUUCGAGGUAAAGAUUAGAGACAAAGGUCAUUAAUGUGAUUCCGAUAUGAAAGUAUUAAUAUCCAAAAAUAUGAUCAAAUUGAAAGCAUGAGAUAGUUUGCAUAUAUGAUAUACUUGGAUAUUUCUUAAAGAUUUCAAUAAAAUCAACUUCCCAAAUGUUAGCUGUAAUCGCGUUAUUUGCUUGACGUAGCACUGCGUCAACGACUGGUUAGGUCUCUGACGCGCCAUGUUAGAAUGGUGUCGUAUAAGAAUAAUCGCAACAUGAAUAGCGCAAACAUUGUAAUUAAUGGCUAGCGUAUGGGCUAUGGGCAGGCUCAGGUGGUUAAGAUAAUAAUGCUUUGAAAUAACACAUUAUAAGCAACAUGCAUAUCCUUGUUUUUGAUCAAUAUAACAUCACGUUUGUACAUGUAUACAGGUUAAGUCUUUACUUAGCUCCUUCUAGGGGAAAUAAACGAUAUUCAUAUUGAGUGGAACUUUUAUUCCAGCGCACAAAAAGGAUAAACGUGAUUAAGAGAAAGAGUAAGCCACCAAGUGGGGAAAAAUAGAAGUCAUAUCGAAUAAAGUAUUGAUCAUGUUAAUUUUGUUUUUCUUGAUUUCUGUAUUGAAUGUAAACAAUCUCAAGUAACAAUAUUCGUGACUCGUGGCUUUUACAGACAACGAACUACCCGCACAUAAAAUUCCCUAUCAGAUCUACGUUUCAUUGUUAAUAUCCAUACUCAAUCAGACCAUAGGAAUCUAUGUAUGAAUAAAUUUCUAGUAUUCAUUGUGGCAAUGUGAUUGUAUAAAUUUGUAAAUUAUUACAUUCAGGCCUAGGGUCUAUACUUGUCGGCGUGCAAAGUCGCGAUGUUACUGUCUUGUUGCCAUGUUGUGAUGUAUUGCCGUAUUAAGUAGCUUGUAGCAACUACUCCGAAAAUCUUGAUCUAAGGAGACACGAACGAACGAACGAGUAGCAUUAAAAAUAACUACAGACAUUUAUAUUUACAUAUAAUUUAUGGUAAACAUUCUCCAGUGUUGCACAAACUAGCAGCCUUUUCACACACAGCUAAAAUUCAUCGUAUCUAGAGAUGAUUAGAAU